CCAAAGUUAAAGGACCUCGUCUUUCUUAAAGACCAGUUAGAAGGCCUGCAACGUAAACUGGAAAAUGAGGUGCAAGCUGGGGUAUCUCAGGACGGCUCUUUCCUCAGCUCUCCAUUUUUAAAGGGAUUCCUGGCUGGCUAUGUUGUUUCCAAACUCAGGGCUUCUGCUGUGCUGGGCGUUGCAGUGGGAACCAUCACAGGAAUUUAUGCUGCUCAGGCUUAUGCAGUACCAAACGUGGAGAAGACUAUCAAAGACUACCUUAGCUCUUUAAGAAAAGGGCCUGAUUAA